GUGGUUGACGGACGCAGCACGGUGCGUACUGCCCGGUACUGGCAGUGCUGUGUGUCGCGACACACACGCACACAGAGGCAACGCGAGCGCGCGACCGGCGCGCCAGUCGGCACACCGCCCGGGCGGGCGCCACACGACCGGGAUCUGCGCGAGCGACGAGCGGCGACGCGAACCAAAAUAAUAUCAGUGAAAUAAACACGUAUCCGCCAAACGCUGUAACGUGCGAGCGCAAGAUUCUGUGAAUUUAUUACGAGUACGUGAACGAGUCUCAGUGCAGAGGACGAAACGACAGACUACAGUCUGUACGAGAGAGCGAUUAGGGUUCAUUGAACCCCUACGACGAAACGAUUCGAGAUCGGAGCCGAAGAAGUGACUUCUCGGCCCCUCGAAAAAUUGUAAAUCGCUCGGUGACUGUCUGGCACUAAACCAUACCUGCACUAUUUCUUGUAUAAAAGCCGUACUAAAAACGAAAAAAUCUCGACAGAACGCCCUCUAUCAGUGGCCACGACAGAGGGUAUUUAAUUUAUGUACAUUUUAUAUAUGCAUAUAUAAAAAAGAGAAAAAUAGUGAUCUCUAACGUGACGUCACAAUAUAAAAAUUGUGAUUACCUAUUUAAAAAUAAUUAAUUCAUUAUUAUAAUCGCUUUGCUGUUUUCAAAUCGCAUUUUACCGCGUAUUGCCCGUUGUAUUGUUAGUUGUUUAUUUUUUAAAUUGUAAAUAUAAAAAAAAUAUACUUAAUCAUAAUAGGUGUGACAUUGCGUAAAGUAACUAUAAUACUAGUCAUUGAUCUAGUGUAUUUAUUUUGAUAAUAUUCAACUUUGUAAUCGAUAGAAGAUAAACUAAUUUUAUUAGAGGUUUCUGACUACGUAUUUAAAAUAUCUACAAAAAAACUGAGAGCCUGAGUGCGUCAUUAACCAAAGAAGAAAAUAAAGCAGUGAACUUUAAAAAAGUAAAAGCCAGUACGUCAAAAAAGGCGGCAAUCCGUGGGCUGUACCAUAGACUACUAACAGAGAAUAGUGCUAGACUCCGUUGUAUCGAUAAGCACAAUCGGCAAGAUGCAGACCCAAAUCGGUGUUGGUAACGAGCUGCAAAGAAGCUACAGGAUGCAGGACUUUGCAUCUCCUGGCGUUAUCAUGCGAGAGCGGAGUUUCAUUCGUCCGCAAUCCCAUCACAAUAUGCAUCAUAACCAGUUCAACAAUGCAAAACGACGCAGCAUGAUUCUGACCAACGCUAAAGGGAAACCUACUCUGGAAAUUUACAGACCCCCUGGUGUCCGCACAGACGGCGUGGCGACCACAGCUGCUACCUCGGGAACGACGACCUCGACCACAGCGGCCACUGCAUCCACACCAGCCUCCACCAACAAGCUCAAUGUCCACGCUAAGGAGUUCACCAUGGCCAAGCCUGCCGACCUGCAAAAUAGGCCGGCGAUGGGCAUCGGCUACGCGACGGUGGGGCUGCAGCACUCGCGCUCAGCCGUGCUGCACGCGCACGUACCGCCGCACUACCGGCCCGUCAUGCCGCCCCACGCACUUCUCAACAGCGCCUCCAGCGGGAACGUGCCGCAUGCACAGGUGGGACCUCGCGUCCACUUCAAGCUCCAACCACAACAAGCGAUCAUUCCGGAGAAGAAGAAGUCUCCGCCUUCGUCCCUGACGAAUGGCAAUGGCAAAAGUAUUCGGCCACAGUCGUUUACUCCAGGUCUCAAACGCUCCAAGUCGCUGACGUCGGCUGAUGCGCUGGCCAGCGGUAUGGCAGCAUUGGGGCUCGCAGCCGACGCAGGCGACCUCGGCAACUUCCCGCCUGAAAUACAGGAAUGCAUCGAUAAGGCUCUCGAAGACCCGAACGCAGUGUGUGCUCGCACGCUGAUGGACGCGGUGGGGCACCUGGUGUCGCGCGCCGUGGAGUCCCCGCGCUACGCGCUGCCGGCCGCGCGCCGCUGCAUCGCCGUCGUCGAGCGCGAGAGCACCGAGACCUUCCUCGAGUCGCUGCUCAACACCUGCCAGCAGUGGUACCACGACCGGGACAAGUUGCUCGGAUCGACGGUGGGCGGCGGUCGGCCCCGGCUGAUGGCCUUCCUGUCGUUCCUGCUGGAGAUGUACUGCCAGCUGCGCCGGCGCGCCAUCCAGCGCCGCGGCGCCUCUGCGCAGCCCGGACAGGUGCUGCUCACACUCAUCUGCAAGUGCUGCGAGGACUGCAUCCGCCAGCCCGUGCCCUCCGCCAGCGAUACGGAGAACCUGUUCUUCGUGCUGACGUACAUCGGGCGCGACCUGGAGUCGCAGCUGCCGGGCGAGCUGGAGCGCCUGCUGUCGGCCGUCCGCGACGCCUUCCUCACGGCCGGCGCCGCGCCCUCCAUCCGCCGCACCCUGCUCCAGCUCAUCGAGCUGCACGCCUCGCGCUGGCAGCUGCCGGGCUGCGCCGUGCUCUACUACUACCCCUCCUCCAAGUGAACACGCUGGCCCUUGCACUGCACGCACCCGGAACUGUCGCCUUCUACGUCCAUAAUGGAGAAUGUCCCUUGACUUAGCGAGUACUGCGGCGACUCUUGGUGGUGGUAUAUAUUCGGUUUCUCGUAAAUUGCUCGGAGUAUUGUAUUUGAAGCGGCGACAAACCUUUGAUAGUGGGCACCGGUCCCCGAGCCUGCCGGGCCCGCUCCAGAGAGUACGGUAUUAUUCUGUAGGGAAUAAUAAUAUUAGAUUAGUAUACAAAGGUUACAAGCAUUUCUUGUAGUGUUUGAUUUGUUUCUACUUGACCUUCUUAGCGUUGCGUUAGUUGUACAGGAGGUCUUCUUUUGUUGUCCCUUAUACGUAUCGUAGGCAUGAUGCUGCCAUAAGCUCAUUUAUUGUGCCUUUAAAGAUUUUAGUAGUGAUAGACACGUUCUCCGCGCUCUCGAGACAUGAAACAAUAUUUAGUAAUAUUUAUCGGACGUAAGACGCACUCGGGAGCGCGGAGCGUAGCAAUUAAACUGUAAGGUGUAGUUUAGCUUAAGGUGGAUUUAGUAAAGCAAGAUAUGCCUUGAAAGUAUUAAAAAGUACGUGUAACAUAAGUAGUAGGACAAAACGACGAUGUACGUUACUGUACGUUCUUCGCAUAGUAUUUGGUGCAUUGUACCCUUUGUCGGUCGUGUGUAAGUGUAGUGUCGCCAUCUAUGCGUAGCGCUUGUAGUUGUAGCCCCUAGUACUAGCACGGCCCGCACUAUACGUUAUGCACUCUGCUCCUAGUUUAUUCCCCUUAGCGUAGGUGACCCAAUUAUGGAAAUGAUCAUUCUAUUUAAAUUGUAGAUGAAUCUUAUCAGCUUUCUUACACGAAGAUCAUAUGAAUGUAUGACUGAACUUCCUAAGUAUGAAGUGUUUCAAUUUAUUAUGCUUGUGAUAUUAUAAAUUUAAGUUAUGUAAUCUCUGAUAAUAUCUCUUCUGUCCUAACCAAAGACUGUACUGACGGUGUGGAGAUUCAUGAUAUUAUUAACAAAGUGUAAACUGAAUGUUGUUGAAGCUGGACCAAAUUAUGUUCGUGUGUCGCCGCUGGCUCUGUACCCGUCGGCCACACAACACUUCAGUGACUAUUGUAAGUUCAUUUAGUUGUAGCACGUACGCCCUACGUCUGAUCACCAUUAUCAAACUAAUGAUUUUUUUUAUAUUAGUUAAUUACAUUAUAAUGGAAAAGGUUAAAAGACCAUAAACUUUUCGUUAUUACUAUGCAUUCGUAGCAAUAUAAGGUAAUGGUAUGUUUGUAGAAAAGAUGAAAAAUAAAAAAAAAUGGUGCUAACAAAAAUAUUGGUGUAUUGUAUAUUAUUUUAAUAGAAUACGGGCAAUAACAUUGUUCUCGUUACCGCUAUAAUUUUGUACGAAUAAAACAUAAAAUGAUAUAUAACCAAUAAAUUAU